UGUCAAACAAACCGAGGACUAACAAAAACAAACAGGAGGGUUUUCGGGGACGGUGAGUCUUCGAGCACUUACCGUUACAGUGUACAGCAGGUGGCAGCAGUGAUUUCUAUUGAGAGUUCAUCGGCUUUUAUUUUGAAGACCUACUUCCUUCCUCUUCGUUUAAUUGAUCAAAGGUUAAAAUUUCAGGGAUGCAGAGGGAAGGAUCUGCUUUGAUGUGCUGUUGACAACAAUCUUUCAUUCGCUCUUUGCUACAUCAGAGGUGGGCUCCAUUUAACACGAUCAGACGUGGAAGGAUGGAUUUGUCCUCUGAUGAGGAAGAGGUUCGCACCUUCAUCCAAGUUUUAAGUGAAAAGUACAACCCAGAAAACUUCCCCUACGGCCAAGGCGUUGUGUUUCUGCCCAGUCCUCCAGGUUCUCCCGAUAAAGGCGGCCUCUUCCUGCCCAGCGCUCUGGUCCUGAGCGACUCCGGGAUCAGAAAAGCUGGAGCGGGGUCGGACAUCGCGGCGGUCUGCGCUCACGUGUUGGAGCUGGACCUGUCCUUCAAUCAGCUGAGCGACUGGGAUGAGAUCGGCACCAUCGUCUCCAGCAUCCCUCACCUGGACUUCCUCAACCUGAGCAUGAACCCUCUGAGCGGUGUGCAGCUGAAUCCCAGCAUGGCGGACGUUUUCUCCAAAGUCAGGCGACUCGUUCUCAUCAACACCCAAGUCAGCUGGGACACGGUGCACACGCUUACGCAGCACACGCCCGAACUGAAGGAGCUCUUCCUCUGCCUGAACGGCUUCAACUCGGUGUCCGAGUCGCCGGCCGCCUGCCCGUCGCUGCGCCUGCUGCAGAUCACCGACAACCAGCUGCAGGACUGGUCAGAGGUCAGGAAGUUUGGGCUGCUGUACCCCAGCCUGAGCACGCUGGUGCUGGCCAACAACAGCGUGGGCUCCGUGAGUGACAGCAAGAAAACCCUGGAGGGCCUGUUCCCCAAGCUGCGCAGCAUCAACCUCAACAACUCUGGGCUCAGUAAAUGGAUGGACAUCGAGAGGCUGAAUUUCUUCCCGAAGCUGGAGGAGGUCAAAGCAAAAGGGAUUCCUUUGCUGCAGUCCUACAGCACCCAGGAGAGGCGGAGCCUCCUCCUCGCGCAGCUGCCGUCUGUGAUGUUUCUGAACGGGAGCAAGGUGUCCGAAGGGGAGAGGGAAGACGCCGAGAGGUUCUUCAUCAGGUUCUACCAGGACUGUCCAGCUCAGGAGCUUUCUGACAGGUACCACAUCCUCGUAUCCAAGUACGGCCAGCUGGCCCCAUUGGCGGAGGUAGACCUGAGGCCCCGCUGCACCACGGUCAACGUGCGCUGCGGCGACAGGGUGGAAACCGUUGACCUCCGCCUGGAGCAAACGGUGGGCGACCUCACAAAGCAGCUGAGAGCUCUGCUGCAGCUUCAAACCAGCGGGAUACGGCUGAUUUACAUCAGCCAAGAAAUGAGCUCAGUGUUUGGACCGGAGGAGCUGAAAGGAAGCUCCCGGGCCCUUCACUCUUUCAACAUCCAGGACGGGGACGAGAUCCUGGUGAUUCCCAAAAGCAAAAGCCGCUGCAACUCCUCAGAUUAGACUAAUUUUACAGAAUUGAAGACCUUAACACGAAUUGUCUGUUUUUUUGUUUGGAUCACCAUUGUUUUUAUGUGCAAAAUGCACUAAAAAAAUUCAAUACCAGCUUAUCUUUUAUUUUUAAGUAAAAUAAAAAUAAAAAGAUUUAUUUAAAAACUAUUUAACUUCUGACUUUAUGGCUCUAUUUGCCACAUUUUAAGAAAACCUUUAUUUAAAAAAAAUUAAAAAGACAGGCACCAAAAAUGACUUUACUUCAAUAUUUACUUCUAAUCUUAUGUGGUCUGAACUCACUAUAAGAGGUGUUAUAAUAUUAGCUGUAAUAAUAUUACAUGUUAUUUUAAUUGCAACAGAGAAUAAUUUAGAGACCGUUUACCAUCAGAAGGAAAUGCUAUUAAAUCUGUAAGUACAGUUUACUUCUUUAUUUAAUAAGGAGAGAUCUUAGAGAUUUAAAGAUUUAUUAGUAAAACAAAAAAUAGUGCAUGAAAAAUGUAUCAUUUAAGUUUAUAAAUAGACUUUGGCUGUUUGGCUCUGGGCCAGUGACAUCACGCAUAGGAUCAUCACAGAAAACCCCCAGAGCCUUAGACCAGGAAUGGAAACCUCCAGGGCCGCAUUCCUGCAUGUUUUCCAUCAUAACCGCCUCUGCCAAGUUCUGAUUGGCUGGACACACCUGGACCAGGUAAUCAGUGGCGAGUAGGGCUUGGGUAUGUUGAAAUCAUGCAGACGCACCGACUCUCGGGGCCUGGAGUUGCCCAUCCCCGCCCUAGGCGCUGGUGGUUAAGGCUAGAACGUACCAAAACAGAGAGCCAGGAGGAGAGCGGCGUGGAUAUGAGGGUCGGCGAAAACGUCGAGAAAGCC